CGAUAGCCUCCUCCCAACUAACCCAACAAGGCUAAUAACACGGUAAACCCCAACGAAGCUCACGAAGACACGGACAGAAACCACACACGCGUAAACGACGACACGCGCGCCGGCGCCAUGGGCCUCCCCGGCCGGCGCAACCCGUUGCUGAGCGCGAGGCGCGCGGCGGCGUCCCUCCGGAGGAGCAGACGGCUGCCCGUCUAUGUCGCCGCAGUCUUCUUCGUCGCCUCCGUCCUCCUCAUGUUCCGCGACGAGAUCCUUUAUCUGACGACGGCAAGGUCGCCGUCGUCGUCGUUGCCGACAACGGGAGGAUCAGCCGGCGGCGCCGGGCUCGCCCGGAAGGAGGAGCUAGUAUCUGUCAACAAGCCAGUCUUGCUUGGUCACGGCGGCAAACCGGAGAAGCACCACAGCGUGACGGAGAGGCACCGGCCGAAGGUCAGCGCGAAGAGGCGGCCGAACAAGAAGGCGGCCAAGGCGGCGAGGAAGAAGUUCAUGGCGUCGCCGUCGGUCGCCGCCGGCGCCGAGGUGAACGUGCCGGAGACGUGCAACCUGUCCAAGGGCAAGUGGGUGUUCGACAACGCGACGUACCCGCUGUACCGCGAGCAGGAGUGCGAGUACCUGACGGCGCAGGUGACGUGCACGCGGAACGGGCGGCGCGACGACGGCUACCAGAAGUGGCGGUGGCAGCCGAGGGACUGCGACCUCCCGCUCGCCUUCGACGCGAGGCUGUUCAUGGAGCGGCUCCGCGGGAAGCGCCUCAUGUUCGUCGGCGACUCGCUGAACCGCAACCAGUGGGAGUCCAUGGUGUGCCUGGUGCGGCCGGCGCUGUCGCCGGGGAAGAGCUACGUGACGUGGUGGGACGGCCAGCGGGUCGUCCUCCACGCUUGGGAGUACAACGCGACUGUGGAGUUCUACUGGGCGCCGUUCCUCGUCGAGUCCAACUCCGACGACCCCAAGGCGCACAGCAUCCGGGACCGCGUCAUCAAGCCCGAGGCGAUCGCCGCGCACGCCGGCGACUGGGUCGGCGUCGACUACCUCGUCUUCAACACGUACAUCUGGUGGAUGAACACGGUCAACAUGAAAGUCGUGAGGCCGACGGGGAAGACGUGGGAGGAGUACGACGAGGUGGGUCGGAUCGAGGCGUACAGGAGAGUGCUCGACACAUGGGCGACCUGGGUGAACGACAACGUCGACCCGGCCCGCACGUCCGUGUUCUUCAUGAGCGUCUCCCCUCUUCACAUCAGCCCGGAGGCGUGGGGCAACCCGGGCGGGGUGCGGUGCGCGAAGGAGGACGCGCCGGUGCAGAACUGGCACGGCCCGCUGUGGCUGGGCACGGACUGGGACAUGUUCCGCGCGGCGAGGAACGCGUCCCGCGCCGCGGGGCGCGUCCCGGUCACGUUCGUGGACGUGACGGCGAUGUCGGAGCUCCGCAAGGACGGGCACACGUCGGUGCACACCAUCCGUCAGGGCCGCGUGCUGACGCCGGAGCAGCAGGCCGACCCGGCCACGUACGCGGACUGCAUCCACUGGUGCCUCCCCGGCGUCCCCGACGUCUGGAACCUCAUGCUCUACGCCCGUAUCCUCUCCAGGCCGCCGGCGGCGGCCGGUCACGUGGCGUGACCGACCAUAUGUGUACAGAUACUGUUUGUUUGUUUGUUCGUUCGUUGAUGGGUUGCCAGCUGCCUGCACGGUUAGUUUUAGUUUUUGCCUUUCGCUUUUGUUGCUUCUCGAUUAUUAUUUUCUCAUAUGCGAGAUAUAAAGGAGGUGGUUGGUGGCGAUCGAGGUGAUUGAUGGUCAUGUGACGCAACAUUCUUGACCGGAUUGUGUGGCACGAGUUAAGCGGGGAACAUCUGCAGUAGUAGUAGUUACAUGGUUGAAGGGGCGUGCGCCGUGGCGCGACGCGAAUAAAUGUCGUGUGACGGUGUGAGCGAGUACCGUGUAGAUAGAAGGGCAGAAUAGAUAUUCCAACACUCAGAUUUACACAGCUUAUUACUUCUGUAAUACUCCAUGAAAUUUGUUAUUCUUUUAUCAAUACUAGAAAAAUGCCCGUGCAUUGUAACGGAUAAAUGCGUUGUUUUUUUUCCAGUGGUACGAUCUAUCAAGAUCAGUUACAACGCACUGGUAUUUUGCUAGUUAAAUUAGAUUUUUUGGUUAAACAUUAUUCGUGCAUCAGUGCAUGCUAUUUAGUCUUUAUUAAGUUAUGAGGCAUAUUCUUUUGUGCUGUAGUGCAUGUAUGGCUCGGGACAUGAAGAAUUUAUUAUGGUAUAUUUGUUUGGUUUA